AACACACCAUCGCCGCCAUCACCGCCAUGCUUUCUCUGCGAUCCCUCGCCCGCAGCGCCCCGCGGUCCGCCGCCCGCUUCUCUACAAAGGCCGUCCGCCCGCAAGCGUUUCUGCGCCAGACGGCUGCUUUCCAGCCCGCAUGGGCGGUCGCUGCUCCCCGUCUCACAGCCUCUUUCUCCGUGUCUGCCGCGCGGAGACAAGACAGCGGCAUCAAUGAAGAGUUGGUCGCAAAGCUCGAGAGCGAAAUCGUCAUGGAGGAGAGCAUGAAGGAGGACGAGGACCUCUCUGCUAACAUCAAGGAGUAUCUUGACAACAGCCCCUUUGAGAUUGAAGACCAGCCCGGCAACCAGGAAGUCGUCCUCACCCGCACGUACAACGACGAGAAGAUCCGCAUCACCUUCACCACGGCCGACCUCAACAACAACCAGACUGGCGAUGAAUUCUCCGACGACAAUGCCUUGUUUGACGAUGCCGACAUGGACGUGCAGUCUGGAGGCGCAAACACCAAGGGUGCCAUUAACCAGGGCAAGACUCAAGACGGAAACAUCCGUGUCGCUCCCGAGGACCGCGUUGCUCCCGCCGACCGCGAGGAGCUCGAGGACGACUACGAGAAUGACGAGCAGCAGCAGGGGUUCCCUGCCCAUGCAACCAUCCGCAUCGAGCGUCCCAGCAAGGGCGCCUUGGUUAUCGAGGCCACUGCUCAAGACGGCGAUUUCCUGAUUGAAGACCUCUACUACUUCCCCUCUGGUGACCUAGCCGACCCUGCUACUGCGGAGAAGGACUGGGCUCGACGUGCCCUCUACACGGGCCCUCCUUUUAACAACCUGGACGAGGACCUCCAAAUUCUUCUUGAGAAGUACCUUGAGGAGCGUGGCAUCAACACCCGUCUUGCCCUCUUCAUUCCUGACUACAUUGACCACAAGGAGCAGAAGGAGUAUGUCAGGUGGCUCAACAACAUCAAGACCUUUGUUGCAUAAACUCGCGUCAGACUUUCCAAUGGCCAAUGCACAAGAGGCACGCCACAAAGAUCGGUACGACGAAAAUGACGCUUCAACGAGGCUAGACCGAUGUGUUCGAGCUUCCUCUUGUAUAAUCUUGUAACGCAUCUCAAUCUUCAGGUAACAUUGGGGGCGUUGAUCAUGUGUAAAAUAGUUUGUGGGAUAUCUCUUCUUUGUAUGACUCGUGGCCAUGACCGCAUAUGGUUUGGGCCCUAAAAGAAAUGAUGAAUAUGUUUUGAUAUAUACGUGGCUGAAUGGGUGUUUUU